CCUGAUUUUUCUGCUCGAAAGUUAUCGAGCUUGUCUUUAAUACGUUGUGGCGUGAUCAUUCAUUUCCCUCCAUCAUGGGGUCAGCAGAGCGCCUUGCUGCUCUGCGUUCUCUGCUUCAAGAACAUGGACUUUCUGCGUACAUUGUCCCCUCGGAAGAUGCACAUCAGAGCGAGUACACAGCAGAGCGCGACAAGCGGCGGGCAUUCCUGACUGGAUUCACAGGCUCAGCAGGCAUCGCAGUGGUGACACAAGCUCAUGCCCUUCUCUGGACGGACGGCCGCUAUCAUCUGCAGGCCCGCCAGCAAUUGCAGGGCGAAUGGAAGCUGAUGAAAUUAGGCGAAGACGCCUCUCCCGAGGACUGGGUUGCCAAGGAGUCUGGCCUCCCCUCUGGAGCAAACGUCGGUGUGGACCCGACCACAGUGAGCCUUUCAUCGCUGAAGCUGUGGGAAAAGCGCCUGGAGGAAGCUCAUCUUGCUGUAAAACGGCUCGAGCAGAACCUGGUGGAUAUACUCUGGAAGGACCGACCGUCUCCCCCAAAAACCUCCACUCGUAUUCAGCCAGAAUCGCUCGCAGGGCGACCGGUUUCCAAGAAGCUGAAGGAAGUGAGAGAGGCAAUGGAGAAGGAGAAGGCGGGGGCUCUCGUGGUCACGGCUCUCGACGAGGUGGCUUGGCUGUACAACAUCCGUGGAGAGGACGUUUUGUAUAGUCCGGUCGUGCACGCGUAUGCGUUCGUCACCAAGUCGAGGGCCAUUCUGUACGUCGACGCGGCCAAAUUAACGGACGAAGUCGCUCGGCAUCUGGAAGAGAACGGCGUGACGGUGAAGCCUUACCACGGCCGGGCCAUCCUCGAUGACAUCACCCUGUUUGGCUCCAGCGCUGAAGGCAAGAUGUGGCUGGACCCGGCAUCGGCGAACGCCGCUAUUGGGAAGGUUUUGCCGGAGGGCGAGUUGAUUGAGAAGGCCUCCCCGCUCGCGCUGGCAAAGGCGGUGAAGAACCCAGUGGAGUUGGAAGGGUUGCGGGCGGCGCACGUUCGGGACGCGGUUGCCUUGGUCCAAUUCAUGGAGUGGCUCGACAACGAGGUGCAGCAGCAGUUUGGGGUCAGUGGGUACUUCUCGUCGACGGGCCACACGAACAAGCGAAAACGAAACGAAGAACACGGCCGGGUCCAUCUGACGGAAGUCACCCUAGCCGACAAGCUCGAAAGCUUCCGAGCACGACAGCAGCACUUCGUCGGCCUCAGCUUUCCCACCAUCUCCUCUGUCGGGUCGAACGCCGCCGUCAUCCACUACGGGCCGCAACGGGACACCUGCGCGGACUUCGACGCUGCCAAAAUCUAUCUCUGCGACUCGGGAGCUCAGUACCUGGACGGAACCACGGACGUCACCCGGACCUUCCACUUCGGCACGCCGAGCGACCACGAGAAAGAGUGCUUCACACGGGUACUGAAAGGUCACAUUGGGCUAGACACGGUCAUCUUUCCUAGCGGGACGACGGGGCACAUGCUCGACGCCUUGGCCCGGCUUCCCCUUUGGCGCGCGGGUCUCGACUACCGUCACGGGACGGGGCAUGGGGUCGGAAGCUUUCUUUUUGUCCAUGAAGGUCCGCACUUGAUCAGCUUCAAGCCGACGGCCAGCAACGCGGGGAUCAAGGCCAACAUGACAGUCACAAACGAGCCUGGCUAUUACGAGGAUGGGGCAUUCGGGUGCCGAAUCGAAAACGUCCUGGUUGUCAAGGAGGUGAAGCUCGCAAACAACUUCGCAAACAAGGGCUACCUUGGCUUCGAGCCAAUCACUCUGGUUCCCCUACAAGCGAAGCUUAUCAACACGUCGCUGUUAACUGGGGAGGAGCUCGCUUGGGUUGACGCAUAUCACGCUGCCUGCCGAGAGAAGCUGUCGCCCCUGCUCACAGGGGCCACCCUCGAUUGGCUCGUGGAAGCAACUGCACCCAUCAGUCAAGCAGUUUGAUCCGUGACGUCCUGGCCGAAUCUCGACUGAAUGGUAAACCUUGUGUCCUCCGUUAAGGAUACUUUCAAUCACGAGAUCUGACUACCUUGCCCCCCUCUCAUCGCAUGCAUCUGGUGAGUGUGUACGUCAUCGACAAGUCAAAGCAG